GCCUCACUCCCACUGCAGCAUGUCGGGUCCUAAGGGCCCUUGGAGGUGUCAGUGAUGGUGAGAAUAGGUCCACAACUGACUUGGAAAUGAUUUUUGUGUAUGGUGUGAGGUCUCCACCCUACAUUCUGUUCUGGCCCAGUAUAUCAUCCAGGUCUGCUGCUCCUCUGCCCUGGGACGUCUGGCCUCCUGACCACGCAGCACCGUGGUCCAAAUGUCUGCAGAGCUGAGAAAGUCAUCACUCCUUCCACACACUUCAGAGGGGUCUGACAGCGCUCUGAGAGUGAAGAUGGAAGAGGAAGAGCAGACCUGUGAUCUGGACUCCCGCCUCCCCUGGAGCAGCUGCUGCAGCCCAGAGACCUUCCGCCAGUGGUUCAGGCAGUUUGGCUACCAGGAGUCCCCUGGGCCCCGGGAGGCCCUGAGCCAGCUCCGGGAGCUUUGCCAUCAGUGGCUGAGGCCGGAGGUGAACACCAAGGAGCAGAUCCUGGAGCUGCUGGUGCUGGAGCAGUUCCUGGCCAUCCUGCCUGACGAGCUGCAGGCCUGGCUUCGAGAGCACCGGCCUGAGAAUGGAGAGGAGGCCGUCACUCUGCUGGAGGAGCUGGAGAAGGAGCUUGAUGAGCCAGCUGAGCAGGUCCUUUUUGGACAAAACGAGGACACUCUUGCAGAGAAACUGGCAUCUUGGGAAAUCACUCAGGAGUCACCAUGCAGCCAGAUCAAGCCCGUAAAUCAGCAGCUGCCAUUGGCUUCAAGGGAGUUCUACUCAAGACAAAAAGCUAAAGACACAAAAACUACAAAUGUGAAUUCAGCUUCAACACAAAAGACUUCUCCAGGUAUGGAACUGCAUUCCACUGUUUCCAACACCCUUCAUCUGGACGCUCCCCAGAGUUGCACGUAUAGAAGAGCCUGUGAACAAGAUGGCAACUUUGAAAGAAGACGGAGAAACCCUUUUGGAAAAAAACAACACAAGUGUAAUGAAUGUGGCAAAGUCUUCAGUCAGAGCUCAGCCCUCAUACUCCAUCAGAGAAUCCACAGUGGGGAGAAGCCUUAUGCGUGUGAUGUGUGUACAAAGGCUUUCAGCCGGAGUGCCGUCCUGAUUCAGCAUCGAAGAACACACACUGGGGAAAAACCCUACAAGUGUCAUGAAUGUGGGAAAGCCUUUAGUCAGAGCUCAAAUCUUCUCAGACAUAGGAAAAGACACACGAAAGAAAAAGUCCCAUUGGUGUUGUAAGGAAAUCAAAGCAUUUGCUCAGAGCUUUUUCAUUGGGAAAAGACACAAAGCACAAACACUCUUUUAGUAUUUCAGUGGUUUUAGUGGGCACUAGUUUGCUUUCAAAAGUCAUGAAAGCUGCAGGAGAGAAAGUAAAAUAUCUUCUGUCAACAUUGUUUGCUCUUCUGCUUGUCAAUACAGUGUCGAUUCAGAUGUUCGAGAUUCGAAAGCUUAAUUCAUAUUUCCUUCCCUAGGACAGCUCUUGAACAGACAUUCCCAAACAUGUUCUAUCUCCAUUACUAACACAAAUCAUGAACUAGCACAUUUCUCUUUAGACGAGUUUUCCCUGUUGAGAAGGAAUGUGUGAGUUACUCAGUAUAAAAAUAAGUAUCUUCCUCCAUUCCAUAACGAACAUUGGAAUUCCCAGACCAAAGAUUAGAGCAUGUUAAAAAUUUUAACCAUUUGUUUUUCGUUACCAGACUCAAAAUAUGAGAAUAAGGUUGAGGAGAGGCCCAAAAGAAUGUGUAUUUUCAGACCAAAUUAUUGUUAGGGGGUAGAUGAAUAAAGACAUCUACUCUCUUAUGAAAAUUCACAAAAGCCUACACUAUUGAUGAUACUAAGUAGUUUGGUUUUUUUUUU